AUGCCAGCGGAUCCCAAGCGCGAGAGGCUGCGUACCCGACAUGCCUGCCUCAACUGCAGGAAGAAGAAGACCCGGUGUCCUGGUGAGAAGCCAGCCUGUUCAACAUGUGUCCGGCUUAAACAGUCAUGUACCUAUAUGGCCGCGGCUACGCAGCAAUCUGACCGAUUGACACACCUUGAAAAAAAGAUAGAUCUAAUUUUAAACGGUGGCGAGCGGCGAAUCCCUUUUGAGCAGCUUGAUCAAGAUGCCUUCGUCGCACCACCGGCCUCUUCUAAGGUGCCGCAAAACGACAAGUCUAAUGAGACCACGCCUCGCUACAGUCAAACAAAUAGGUACCAAUCACAGUCUGGUCCAAGCUAUGCCAUGAAAGGCAUACCCUCAGUCGAAUUGCAGCAAGAAAAACUGGAGAUUCCUCAGUCCACCAUCGCCAAGGCGGUCGACCUUUACUUCGAACUCUUUCAUAGACAGCCUAUAUGGUGCUUCGAUCGCCAAGACCUUGAAAGCUACUCUGAGAUUCCUUCAGAGAUUGUCUGGAGCACCUUGGAACUUACGUCACGAUUCUCACGACAGCGUGACCAGCCAGGCUAUGGCGAUAGUGCUAGGCGCUCUAUUAUGCAUCGAAUUACAAAUGGCACAGUGGAGCUCGAAACGAUUGAAAGCCUUUGUUUACUUUCAUACUCAGCAUUUAUAGAUGGCGAUUGGGGUCAGGGUCAAUUUUACCUUGGCCUUGGGUUUCAGCUUUGCCGCUCUGCCAGGAUAGAUCGCGAGCUGACAUCUCCUGUUGAAAAUCCUCUCGCCGCCCAGCGCAAGAAGAAACUUCUCUGGAGCCUUCAAUCGUUGGAGCAAUUUUUCUCGGAAUCGGAAGGUAUUCUGGGAACCGCACCUGAGGUUUGGCGCUCAUUCUAUGUUUCGACCAGUGCGGAUUCGGCAUUUCCCCGCGAUCCUGGGUCAUCCAACUCAUCUGAUAUCGGAAUCUGGACUUAUGCUGCAUAUUUCGGAUGGGUGUGGAGUAGGGUCAGAGAAUAUGUCUCGGAAUGUUUCCAUAAUCAGAUGACCGAACCCUGGCGACUCGAUUCAAUGUAUGCCAAAGUACUUGCCGAUAUGACCGAAAUCGAGAACCAGGUUCCCUGGUGUCAUCGAUACGAUUCUGCAAAGUUUUAUGAGCGUCGAGCAGACGAGAUCAGUCUCAACAGAGACUACUGGAUACCGUGGAUAAAGUUACAGUUCACAUGGCACACGAGUUUGAUCGUGUUAAAUCACCCAUUUCUCUACAUUAUGGCGUCACAGCAUCAGCCUAACCUGGCGAUCCCAAACACCUUCUGGAGGAAGUCCUCCGAGCUGGUCCUACUGCAUGCCACAUGGAUCGUUCGUAUGAUUGACAUGACUCUAGAAAAACAUAUCAAGCUCGUUGACCCUUUUUAUGCGCACGCGGCCGCAAUCGCAGCUACAGUACAUCUCUACUUUUGCUGCGCCGCCGAUCCCCGACUGAAACAAAAGUCCAAAACAGACUUUGUGAAGUGCAAAACAUUCUUGAAGAGGUUUGCAUGGUUUUCCCCUGCCUGUGAAGCCCUGCUUCAAUCUCUGGACAAAAUAACAGAAAUAGCAUCUGGCUCAGAUCGCAUGGAUGAUGACUGGGCACCAACCAGGAUCUAUCUCAGCAUCCCUUUGAUGUGGGGUAUUUUACAGUUCAAUGUCUCACCCUCACCGAACAUGUCCUCCAAACCAACGGCCCUAUUUCACUCCUCUCUUACUUCCACCCCAGCUAGCAAAGGAACAGAGCAUAGCCAGACCCUUGAGAUCAGUGUUACAACAUCACCGCCACAAGUGAUGGUUGACCCUGCCACAGGGCACAAUGCCAGUCUGCCGCCUUAUAUGAUCAAUGUAUCUUCAUCACAAGAUUCUCCGAACGGCACUCCAAUGCGAGACAUUCUGGUUCCACCUGCAGAUAGUCUCAUGUUCAAUACUCCGUGGCUAUGGGCGCAUCUUUCCCAAUUUGGUGAUAUGGACGCUGCAGCCGGCUUCGAGCCAGACCCUGCCGUUGGUGAUGGAUUUUCUACCUGGUGGAAUUUUGGAAAUUUUUAA